GACGGAUUAUGGAAAGUAAACAAGUUGUCAGGGAGAAGAUAGUGGACGAGUAGAGCUUUUAACUGGUAUCCAGACAUUAACUAACCUGUCGGAAGUAAUGAAUACUUUCUUAGAGUGGUAAAUAAUUAACUUAAGUUGAAGUUUUAAGUUUGAGACGUCGACAUGAGCAGCUGUUCGACCAGCCUGCCUCCUGCCAGACUCUGCAGCCCUCCGCUCACUUCUUCAGUGUUCAGCAUGUUGGACACCGCUGCAGAGCAGAUGAUGGUCCACAAAGAUUUCCCUGCGGCAUUUGACACAUGCAACACAGGCCUGGAGAGUCUCUCGGAUAUGGAGCUAGAGGACAACAGAUGUGCAGAGUUUAAGGCUGGCUUCUGCAUAUUAGGGAUUCAAGCACUGGCUGAGAUGAAUCAGUGGCAGGGUGUCCUCUCCUGGGUCCUUCAGCAGUAUGAGGAGCAGGAGAAAAUACCUUCUAAAAUAAUGCAGAUGUGCAUACUUCUUUACUCCAAAGUCGGAGAGCCAGCAGUGAUGCAGGAGGCAGCCAGAGUUUGGUUACACUGUCCGGCCAACAGCAGAGUGACGGGGUUCAGGACGGUGGCAGAGUUGUACCUGCUGCACGUCCUCGUCCCUCUCGGACACACAGACGAGGCUGUGGAGCUGAUCGCCGGGGAGGUCGGGAGCAAUGCGUUCACAGAAGACCAGAAGCAGACAGCACUGGAUGUUGUGGAAGAGAAACGGCAACAGGAUCUAGAACAGCCUCUAAAUCCAGGAAACGGUCCCAACUCUGAAACGACUGUCUCAAGUCAAGGAGCUGUGACCCAUAAACUUCAAGCCAUGUUCAGGUUUAUCUACAGAAAGCUGCUCGGCUCCGGCUCGUUCUCCCUGCGGAGAGUCUUCCUGGCUGCCGUCCUUCUUUAUAUGCUUUUCUUUCGACUGGAUCCAGCCCUUCCAUCUUCAUUCAUUUGGAUUUCCAAACUUCUUCAGCUGCUCAGACAGAUGUGGAGGGCCAUGUUUGCGCCGUACUAUCAGGCUCUCAAUCAGAGCAAAGAACUGUAAAAAAAACUGAAACUAACAACAAAAAAUCAACAGGUCCCUUGUUGAAGUUUUAUUAACCCUGUGUACAAAUCACUUCUAUCAACAUUUGAUAUUUUGACUGACUUUUGAUGCCAUGAAGAUGUGAAGAGACUGGUUUUAAGUCUUAGGUGCGCUUCUCGAAGCUCUUACAAUAAACUAAUCUCAAGUCAUUUCUAACACAUCCUGGUUGGGACUGUUUAUCCUGAAUCAGCUACUCUUCAUCAUAAUAAAAGCUUUAUUUAUCCAGGAACGAGUCUCACUGUGAUUAAACGGGAGUCUCCUAACCAAAAGAGCCACAGCAUAAAGCCCAUAACAAAUAACACAGACUGAUAAUGAACUAUAUAGAGAUAAAACAAAGAUUGACUAAGGACAGAACAAAAGUGAUCAUGAGGAAACUGUAAAAAGAAAAAAGAUACAAUAAAUAUUAUAUUUUACAAGUUUUUGUCACA